GUGCUCCGUUGAAUUCCAUCGCCGUCCAUUAAAACAGCAGACUUGGAAAAUACAAUAUCAAAGCGAGCUCAGUUUUACCUCAGGCUUGCGUGCUUAAUUCUCGUCAGGGAUGGCAUUUUCAUGCAGCGAGGGUAUCGAGAAACGCUCUCCGCAUGUGUAAGACACGCAUUUGCUGUGCCUGGCAAAACGGAACAAUUGGUGGAUAACGUUAAUUCUCCUCGUGACUUCAGUUGAGCUUAUUUCAUCGCCGGAAUACAGGACCUCGGAUGUGGUUUGUGUCAUGAGUCCCGCAGGGUGCUCCCAUGUGAACGGGUUCAAAGUGGACAACUGGAAGCAGAAUCUGCGGCUCAUAUACCAGUGCUUUGUGUGGAGCGGCUCUGCGAAGUCAUGUAUAUGUCACCUGUGUGGAGCUCAUUUAAAUCGGCUUCACUCCUGUCUCCAUUGUGUGUUCUUCGGCUGCUUCAGCAAGAAACACAUCCACGAGCACGCCAAAAACAAGAGACACAACCUAGCUAUAGACCUUUUGUACGGUGGAAUAUAUUGCUUUGUGUGCCAAGACUACAUAUACGACAAAGACAUGGAGCAGAUUGCCAAAGAAGAGCAAAGAAAAGCGUGGAAAUUAUCAGGUAUUGGAGAGAAAUAUUCAAUGUGGGAGCCUACAAAGCGAGAGCUGGAGCUGCUGCGACACAACCCCAAACGAAGGAAAAUUACAGCCAACUGCACCAUAGGACUGAGGGGUUUGAUAAAUCUUGGGAACACGUGCUUUAUGAACUGCAUCGUUCAGGCUCUCACACACACUCCGCUGCUGAGGGACUUCUUCCUGUCCGACCGACACAAGUGUGAGAUGCAGUCCAACUCCUGCCUGGUGUGUGAAAUGUCUCAGCUCUUUCAGGAGUUCUACUCGGGUCACCGCUCUCCUCACAUUCCCUUCCGGCUGCUGCACCUGGUUUGGACUCACGCUCGACACCUCGCCGGCUACGAGCAGCAGGACGCUCACGAGUUCCUCAUCGCUGCUCUGGAUGUGCUCCACAGACACUGCAAAGGAGAUGACAAUGGGAAAAAAGCCAACAACCCAAACCACUGCAGCUGCAUCAUUGACCAAAUCUUCACGGGAGGCCUGCAGUCUGACGUCACCUGCCAAGUCUGCCAUGGGGUUUCCACAACGAUAGACCCGUUCUGGGACAUCAGCCUGGAUCUGCCGGGGUCAUCCACCCCGUUCUGGCCGCUCAGCCCAGGCAGCGACGGCAGUGUGGUGAACGGAGACAGUCACCCGAGCGGAGCCACCACACUCACAGACUGCUUACGCAGGUUCACUCGACCCGAACACUUAGGAAGUAGCGCCAAGAUCAAAUGCAGCGGUUGCCAUAGUUACCAGGAGUCCACCAAGCAGCUGACGAUGAAGAGGCUUCCUAUCGUGGCGUGUUUCCACCUCAAACGGUUCGAGCAUUCGGCAAAGCUCCGGCGGAAGAUCACCACCUAUGUGUCCUUUCCUCUAGAGCUGGACAUGACGCCCUUCAUGGCCUCCAGUAAAGAGAGCCGGAUGAACGGACAGUACCAGCAGCCUGUCGACUCGCUGAACAACGAAAACAAGUAUUCUCUGUUUGCGGUGGUCAAUCAUCAGGGCACGCUGGAGAGCGGCCACUACACCACGUUCAUCCGCCAGCACAAGGACCAGUGGUUUAAAUGUGAUGAUGCCAUUAUCACUAAAGCCAGCAUUAAAGAUGUUCUGGACAGCGAGGGGUACUUGUUAUUUUACCAUAAGCAGUUCCUUGAAUAUGAAUAAUGGCGAUGCAGGAGUGGCCGAGUCAAAGCUGUGAAGGGAGGAUCAUAUGAGAAGAGCGUUACCACACACAGAGACACAGACAGACAGACACACACACACACAGAGACACACACACACACACACACACA